AUCGGUUGCAAUGAAAAGUUGAUAGCCGUUCAGACAACGUGCCAUAAAGAAAAUUAGGAAAGAAAGAGAAAGCAAUACGAGCGCAUAGUAAACAAGGAACUGAAGCGUAGGAGAGGUAGGUUAGUCCAUUCUGGUUCGUUCCAACCGAUCAGAUUUCGGUCUGGCGUACAGUUACUGUCGAAGGAAUAUGGCUACACUUUUCGAAAGCUCGUUUCUAUCGAGCAGACUGCAUCGCAUCGAGCAACGGUAUGAAGAACCGGCGAACACUUUUGGCAAAUGUGACUGCACUAGCUAUAGCUAUCUAGCCCUGAGCGUUGUUCUAUUCACCAUUGGUACAGCUAUCACUAUUUUUGCUUUGGGUGACGUCGCGAACGGAUUUAUAGUCUUGUACCUCGGUCACAUGUGGCUUAUCGGUCCGAUAUUCAUCUGUUCUGGACUUAUGGUGGCUGUCAAGUGUAUGCUUUAUCUUCGAAGAAAGUCUGUUAUAGAGAUGAUAUUUCAUCAGCGACAGUUGUUUAGGCAUUUACAGGAAUUGACCGGUGGUGCGCGUGCUAUGGGGCCAAUUGGUGCGGCGGCGUCUAGUCCUCCUUCGUACGAGGUGAUCGUGCAAGAAACUCCAAACGAAUUACCGCCACCAUCCUACGCGGAAGCGGUUGCUCUUUUACACAGGACUCUAGGGAACGAUGCGAAAUCGAGUCGUGGAAUAAACGCUGAUGGAAAUGUUGCUGUAGCCGAAACUGUCAGGCAAAAACCUUGA